AUGAUUUUGAAAAGAUUUAUUCAAUUUAUUAUAGAAUCAGAAGGAAUUGAUUAUUGUCAGCAAAAUGAUUAAACUAUUUCUUUAGAUUAAAUAAAAUAUAAUUUGGAAAUCAAUUUUGAUCAAUAAUUUUUCAUUCUCCCGAUCUCUAUCAUCCACCAAUUCAUUAUCACUUGGAAAAUUAAACAAUUAAUGGAUCAUUACCUAACUAAUAUUUUACUAAAAUUAUCCAGGGUUGUAAGUAUUUGUUGCUUAAAACUUAAGUGACAUUGGAAAUUAAAAUACCUAUUAAAAAUAUGGAAACCAAUUAAAAUGCUGUAGAAUUCCCUUUAAGUGGAUUAAUUAUUACUGUAAAAUAAGAAUAUAGAGGGUUUAUACAUAUAUUCAUCUUUGAGAGUGAUGAAGGAAUAAUUAUAAAUUAUAAAGAAGAUGAUAAUUUAGCAUAUAUUACAAUUGCUUAGACCGAUUCAAAGAUUUUUAUUUUCUCUUUUGUUACUUCUUCUUUUACUAAAUUUCCUUAAAUUGAGAUUAUUUAACAUGUAUUUCAAGAUUUUGUUACAGAACAAACUUUAAUCGUUUGA